CGUUUUCUACCUGCUGCAUGAUCCUAUAUUCUGAUUCACUGGGGACUGAUGGUAGCCUUCAAAAGGGGCAGUUUCAAAUCGUCCACUUCCUCCUCUAGCAAGAAGGAAAUCUGGGUCUUCUGGGAUUGCAUCACCGCCUUCAGAAAAAAUGGUAAACGAGGACAAGUGUCUGGUCUCCUGCCAUUGUUUCUUCCUGCUGGCAGCCAAAUUCUGUUGGAUACUCCCUAUGAUGCAAGGGACUCAUAGCCAGGAAUAUGCCCACUCCAUUCGACUCGAUGGAGAUGUCAUCUUGGGAGGACUCUUCCCUGUCCAUGCAAAGGGGGAUAGAGGAGUACCUUGUGGGGAGCUCAAGAAGGAAAAGGGGAUCCACCGGCUCGAGGCAAUGCUAUAUGCAAUCGAUCAGAUCAAUAAAGACCCUGAUCUCCUUGCCAAUGUCAGUUUGGGUGUCCGGAUCCUAGACACUUGUUCCAGGGAUACUUAUGCUUUGGAGCAGUCCUUAACAUUCGUGCAAGCUUUGAUAGAGAAAGAUGGGUCUGAUGUGAAAUGUGCUAAUGGAGACCCACCUAUUUUCACCAAACCGGACAAGAUAACAGGAGUAAUAGGCGCAGCUGCGAGUUCAGUGUCCAUCAUGGUGGCUAAUAUUUUAAGGCUUUUUAAGAUACCUCAAAUCAGCUAUGCAUCUACAGCUCCGGAGUUAAGUGAUAACACCAGGUAUGACUUUUUCUCUCGUGUGGUCCCACCUGACUCCUAUCAAGCCCAAGCCAUGGUUGAUAUUGUGACAGCACUUGGAUGGAACUAUGUGUCAACACUGGCUUCUGAAGGAAACUACGGGGAGAGUGGUGUUGAAGCAUUCACUCAGAUCUCGAGAGAAAUUGGUGGUGUUUGCAUUGCUCAGUCUUUAAAAAUCCCCCGUGAGCCACGACCGGGAGAGUUUGACAAGAUCAUCAAGCGCUUGAUGGAGACUCCGAACGCUCGCGCGGUAAUCAUGUUUACAAAUGAGGAUGAUAUCAGGCGAAUAUUAGAGGCAGCUAAGAAAACCAACCAAACUGGACAUUUCCUUUGGAUAGGCUCAGACAGCUGGGGGUCUAAAAUUUCACCUGUUUAUCAGCAAGAAGAGAUUGCAGAAGGGGCAGUCACCAUUUUGCCCAAAAGAGCUUCCAUUGACGGUUUCGACAGAUAUUUUAGGAGCCGAACUCUAGCAAAUAACAGAAGGAAUGUGUGGUUUGCAGAAUUCUGGGAAGAAAAUUUUGGAUGCAAGUUGGGUUCUCAUGGAAAGAGAAAUAGCAACAUAAAGAAAUGCACAGGAUUGGAACGAAUUGCAAGGGAUUCCUCUUAUGAGCAAGAGGGGAAAGUCCAGUUUGUCAUUGAUGCUGUGUACUCCAUGGCAUACGCACUGCACACCAUGCAUAAAGAGCUCUGUCCUGGGUAUAUCGGUCUGUGUCCACGAAUGAGUACUAUUGAUGGUAAAGAGCUACUUAGUUACAUUCGAGCGGUAAACUUUAAUGGGAGUGCUGGAACACCUGUUAUUUUCAAUGAAAAUGGAGAUGCACCUGGACGUUAUGAUAUCUUUCAAUAUCAACUAAACAACAGAAGUGCAGAAUACAAAAUGAUUGGCCACUGGACAAACCAACUUCAUCUAAGUGUGGAAGACAUGCAGUGGGAUAACAGAGAGCAAACCCAUCCUGCCUCCGUCUGUAGUUUGCCAUGCAAGCCUGGGGAAAGGAAGAAAAUGGUGAAAGGAGUGCCUUGCUGUUGGCACUGUGAGCGCUGUGAGGGCUACCAUUACCAAGUGGAUGAGGUCACCUGUGAAAUGUGUCCCUUUGACAAGAGGCCCAACGUCAACCGCACCGACUGCCAGCUCAUCCCCAUCAUCAAGCUGGAGUGGCAUUCCCCGUGGGCUAUUGUGCCUGUUUUCAUAGCAAUAUUCGGGAUCAUCGCGACCACCUUUGUCAUCGUGACGUUCGUUCGGCACAAUGAUACGCCGAUCGUCAGGGCCUCCGGGCGUGAACUGAGCUAUGUCCUCCUGACUGGGAUUUUCCUCUGUUACUCCAUCACUUUUCUAAUGAUUGCCAGUCCAGACACUGCUAUCUGCUCUUUCCGACGGAUCUUUUUAGGGCUUGGCAUGUGCUUCAGUUAUGCGGCCUUGCUCACCAAAACAAACCGAAUCCAUCGAAUAUUUGAGCAAGGGAAAAAGUCGGUCACUGCUCCAAAAUUCAUUAGCCCAGGUUCCCAGCUGGUGAUUACCUUCAGCCUCAUAUCCAUACAGCUUCUAGGAGUCUUCAUCUGGUUUGCAGUUGAUCCUCCACAUAUCAUAGUGGAUUAUGGUGAACAGAGGACUCUGGAUCCCGAAAAUGCCCGCGGGGUUCUCAAAUGUGACAUCUCUGAUCUAUCUCUCAUUUGUUCUCUUGGAUACAGUAUUCUCUUAAUGGUAACAUGCACUGUUUAUGCUAUUAAAACAAGAGGGGUUCCAGAGACCUUCAAUGAAGCCAAACCAAUUGGAUUUACUAUGUAUACCACCUGUAUCAUUUGGUUAGCUUUUAUCCCAAUCUUUUUUGGAACUGCGCAGUCAGCAGAAAAGAUGUACAUCCAGACAACAACACUUACAGUGUCCAUGAGUUUAAGUGCUUCUGUGUCUCUGGGCAUGCUCUACAUGCCCAAGGUUUAUAUAAUCAUUUUUCAUCCAGAGCAAAAUGUUCAAAAAAGGAAGAGGAGUUUCAAGGCUGUUGUCACAGCAGCCACGAUGCAAAGCAAGCUGAUCCAAAAAGGAAAUGAUAGACCAAAUGGCGAGGUCAAAACUGAACUUUGUGAAAGUCUUGAAACCAACAGUAAGUCAUCCGUAGACUUAACCAUGGUCAAGAGUGGCAGCACUUCCUAAUAGAUCUUCUUCUACCAAGACGACUUAUGUCAGUUACAGCAAUCAUGCAAAUUGAGUUGGAAAACCAAACAUACCUAAUGACUUGCAGUAUGUGAAAUUAAGAAAACGAGGACUAUAACAUCAUGAGAACUCAGCCUCUGAGAUGUCUAUGGACAAUUGCCUAAACUGUAAAAGAACAAAGAAUAUCGAUGAGCCCAAAGCAGGAGGGCCAGGUGAUUUGGGAGAGAAAUUAUCCAGAAUUAUAUUAUAUGACUGCGUGUCAAAUUUCCGAACUGUUUACUCAUGAAAGAAGGUGAAUCACAAAAGGAAAACAAAAUGUUAGCUUGUGAAAAAAAAAAUGCUGUUGAAAUAAAACCAUGUCUGAUGUUAUACUUGUAAGUACUUCUUUGUGAUUGUGAGAAUUUCCAUUCCUGUUCCACACUUGUUCAACUUGUAUAAGAAGAUGAAGUUUGUUUCUUGUGAUGGCUGACUGAAUUGAAGCCCUGCGUUGUGCUAAUGAUAAAUGCAAUGGUUGACGCAUGCAAAUUUUUAUACAAAAUAAUUUAUUUCUAUUAAUAAAGGAAUGU